UAUAUCUUGUCCUCUCUCCCACAUUCACAUUCACAUUCACAUUCACAUGGCCGUAGAUAAUGAGCUCCAAAACCAAAACAUGGCCCUCCUCAACCCGAACAGGCGGGUGGUCCGCCAGGGAAUCCCGCUCCGUCGGCGGAAACUGCCGUCGGUCCGCCUCGGGGGUAAGAAGCCGCGGCGGGCGUUGGCCAGGAUGUUCAGGAGAAUAAGAUUGCGGUGGCUGAAACUGCAGUACAUGUGCAUGAUGAGGAAGCUGAAGGAGUUCUACCGGAAUCUGAUUAAGGAUAUGGCGGGGGGGGGGGGGGGGCCUUUCCAGCAAAGGAUUUUCCUGGAGUCGUCUUUCGCCGUUCCUGUCGUGGGUAUCUCCCUCUCUACCUAUCCUUCUCUGCCUGGAUCAGAUCGCCCUCGUACUCUUGGCAUGUAAAAGUCUACUUUGUUUAUUUACUUUACUGUAUCUGUAUGUUGCCUAAAUUAAUAAUUAUCC